AGGCCGCUACGCGUGCGCGGUGGGCGGAGCGCAGCUCUCUUACCACCUUUGCCUGCCCAAGCCUUCCCAUCCUUGCUCUGCCGGUGUGGUGCUCGUGUUUCCGCACCUCGUCGCGGAGAGUCGCUGCCGAGUGGGCGCUCGGUGUUCGGGUCGUCAUGGCUGGUUACGAAUACGUGAGCCCGGAGCAGCUGGCUGGCUUUGAUAAGUACAAGUACAGUGCUGUGGAUACCAAUCCACUCUCUCUGUAUGUCAUGCAUCCAUUUUGGAAUACUAUAGUAAAGGUAUUUCCUACUUGGCUGGCUCCAAAUCUGAUAACCUUCUCUGGCUUUCUGCUGGUUGUGUUCAAUUUCCUACUCAUGGCAUACUUUGAUCCUGACUUUUAUGCUUCAGCACCGGGUCACAAGCAUGUACCCGACUGGGUUUGGAUUGUGGUGGGAAUCCUCAACUUCAUAGCCUACACUCUAGAUGGUGUGGAUGGAAAGCAGGCCCGGAGAACCAAUUCCAGCACCCCUUUAGGGGAGCUUUUUGACCAUGGCCUUGAUAGUUGGUCAUGUGUUUACUUUGUUGUGACUGUGUAUUCCAUCUUUGGACGAGGACCAUCUGGUGUCCGUGUUUUUGUUCUUUAUCUCCUACUAUGGGUAGUUUUGUUUUCUUUUAUCCUGUCCCACUGGGAAAAGUAUAAUACAGGGAUUCUUUUCCUGCCGUGGGGAUAUGACAUUAGCCAGGUGACUAUAUCUUUUGUCUACAUAGUGACUGCGAUUGUGGGAGUUGAGGCCUGGUAUGAACCUUUCCUGUUUAAUUUCUUAUAUAGAGACCUAUUCACUGCAAUGAUUAUUGGCUGUGCAUUAUGUGUGACUCUUCCGAUGAGUUUAUUGAACUUUUUCAGAAGCUAUAAAAAUAACACCUUGAAACACAAUUCAGUCUAUGAAGCUAUGGUUCCCUUUUUUUCUCCAUGUUUGCUCUUCAUUUUGUCUACAGCAUGGAUCCUUCAGUCACCUUCAGAUAUUUUAGAGAUACAUCCUAGACUAUUCUACUUUAUGGUUGGAACAGCCUUUGCCAACAUCACAUGUCAGCUGAUUGUUUGUCAAAUGAGCAGUACUCGGUGCCCAACUUUGAAUUGGUUGCUGGUUCCUCUUUUCUUGGUUGUCCUGGUGGUAAACUUAGGAGUAGCCUCUUACGUUGAGAGCAUUCUCCUGUAUACCUUAACAGCUGUUUUCACUCUGGCCCACAUCCAUUAUGGAGUACGAGUGGUAAAGCAGCUGAGCAACCAUUUUCAGAUUUAUCCCUUCUCAUUGAGGAAACCAAACUCGGAUUGACUAGGAACGGAAGAAAAGAGUAUUGGCCUGUAAUCUACAGAAGGAAGUACUGUAAAUAAGAUGCUUGUAAAUAUUUCAUCCAUCACCAUUGAACUAAACUGAUCUGCUUAACAGACACGGGAACUCAGUGUGUAUAGUACUUGGACAAAUGAUCUGAAUUUACGAAAUUUUGGACCUACUAAUUCCCAACUUACUUUUUAUAAAACUGUGUGGCAUUUUGGUUAGGCAUAAUGUACUUUAGACCAGCAAAAUGUUUCUAGUGAUGUUAGCUUCAUGAGUCCAUGAUGUUUUGGUUCGUACAGAGUUAAAGAUGCUUUGUUUUUAUUUUUGGAGCCCCCAGAUUGGUUUAGGAACACUGAUAACAUUAAGAAAACCACAAGAUGUUUUCAUAUUUGAUACUGUUUCAGUGGUAGGUCUUUCGCUAUGGAAGUUAUCAAUAGCCCAAAUCUAAUACGGGGAAAAGAUAAGAGGAAGUUACUGUUAGCCGGAGAUGCCAAAUGAUUACAGAACAAUAUACAGUUGCCAAAUACUCAUUUCUCCUUCCCAUGGAAAUGCCUUUUGUCCUCAUGUGCUAAGAGAGCUAAUAUAUAUAUUUAGAUUCUCUAGUAUUCUGGCUCUCUUUCUUGGGAACAGAUCUUGACAAAUGGUUUAAUUUAAUUUAAUUAAAAAAAAAUUUUUUUAAGUUUAUCUAGUUGGAGAGAGAGAGAGAGAAAGAGAGCACAAGCGGAGGAGGGGCAGAGAGAAGGAGAGACAGAAUCCCAAGCAGGCUCCACGCAAUCAGCACAGAGCCUGAUGUGGGGCUCGAACUCACGAACUGCCAAGAUCAUGACCUGAGCUGAGAUCAAGAGUCAGACGCUUAACCGACUGCACCACCCGGGCGCCCCCGGUUUAAUUUUCUUUUAAAGAGAAAUAUUCUACUGAGACUUAGUAGAGAAUGGAUCAUAAUUGUAGCUCACACAUUAACAUGGUUCAUCGUUUAAAUGUGGUAUUUUCCCCCUCAGCGGCAAGUUGGUGAGAUUUGGUGCCUGCGAACUAUGAUUAUAUGAAUGCAUGUGACAGUCCCAGUCCUGUGAUAAUUACUCGUAAGGAACACAGAUAAACUUCCUUAUAAGAGAAAUUUACCUUGGAGUUAGGAAUCUCACGAACCUCCCUAUGAAUUACUGCUAUGAACCUCACUCUGAAAUUAGUUUCCUGAUUCAAUUUGUUCUUCCGUUCGUCCGUCCUGUCUCUUUUUUGUGGAAGAGAGAGUGCUGUGUUUUUAUUUCAUACAGGAUAAGGAAGUAGACAUUCUUUCUUCCCCAACUUGCCCACUUCUCCACUUCCCCAGUUGAA